GAGGACUUGACGAGAGAGGACCCUCACAGUCGUCGCAGUCGCAACGAAGUGGGCCUGACAAGGGGCCGAAAACCGAAACAAAAUGCAUGGCCACAGGAUUGAUGGGAACACUCGGCCAGCUUGGGCGGUGUGGAAAAGAGCGGGAGAGAGAGGGGGAAGCUGCACGGGUGGGACGAAGAAGAUAAUGAAGCAAGAGACGGAAAAUUAUGAGGGUUUACCAUGCAAUAAGCCGAAUGCACUUGGCCCGGCGGGUGAAUUUAUCCCAACAAGAAUGGCGAGAUAGGAGCGAGAGAGUGAGUCGGAAUCAAGUGAGAGGGAGAGUUUGACUGAGAAUGUUCAUGCAACUUCCCCUCCAGCGAAAGAGCUUGUCAAAAGAAACGGAGCGAAAUUCAUCGGUUCGGGUGCAUUCGGGCUCUCUCGGUUUACCCCCACCAGCUUUGUUCAUCGUUGGCCCUUGCAUAGAACCGACAUUAUCCAAAAAUUUGUGUCUUUCUGCCGAAAUCAGAGAACCAAACUUCAGUUACAACUUCGACCCUCCUCGGGAUAGGACGCAAAAACGCAAUCGUCCGAGACUUUUACAUUUUCAAUGACCGAUUUAUAACACCCCCAUCUCUUGAAUCUGCUCUGAGAGAGUGAGUGAGGGAGAGACACAGUUUCCAAAAUAUUCUAAUAUACAAAUGUUCUGCAUUGAAGCGGCCGCGACGAAAAGUGGUUUAUCUCGUUAGAGUAUUGUUAAGUUUCGGAAAAUGGCUACAACGAUUUCCUAACGCAAUCUAAAGUGAGUGUGAUAUGUUGUUGUGUGUUACGCAAGCGAUAAGAAGAGAUGCUGUCUGCCCAGAAGCGAUGAGAAGAUGAAAUGAAAAAACGUGUGACUUUGAAUCUACCAAGCGCAGAAGAGCUGAAUAUAGUGUGGGAAGCAAUCAUCGCGUCAGAAGAAGAAUGUGUGAUAUGAAAUGAUCCAAUUAAUGCGGUUGGAAAACAAUUGUGUAAAAGCGAUGAAUUUAAAACUGGCGACAAAAAGCGGGUGUUGAAGUGUUUCGUGGAAGAUAAAUUUGUUUGUGUUUGCCUUGAUAUUCCCAAAAUUGGCGUUUCCAUGAGUUUUUGCUACAAGUGAAUUAUCCUACUCCUUUCUACGUUUCUUGAAUACCGGAAAACCCAAAUCAACGAUGGAUUCCUUCAAAAGUCUGCUGUUCCUAACUUUGGUGGUAUCGAUUGCCGCCCGGUCUACAUUAAUGAGUCGAAUGGACAUCGCACCGAAGGGAUGCAAAUGGCAACGAGUGAUCGACGAGAAUGCAGAAGACGAAAACACCGUGACGGCUGUUCUGUCGUGUAAGCUGAAAACAAUCGGUGGCACCGAUACGCUCAUGCGUAAUUUGAGCUCCUACCAAAUCGAGCGCAUCAACUCGCUCAAACUCGAGUGCAGUGACAUUCUAUUUUUCGAAAGCUCACUUGAAGCCAAUCAGCACUCGGGUGCAUUUCUCGGCUCCCUCAAACGCCUACGUGAUCUAAAGAUCGAAUACUGUAAGAUAAAGUACGUGCCUUCGAUGGUUCUUUCAACGCUGAGGGACCUUCGCUCGCUUUCACUAAGGACCCACAACACGGACUGGUCAGCAAUGAAUCUGGAAUUUCACCCGGAAAGCUUCCGUGGACUAACUGAACUCAAAAGGCUAGAUUUGGCCGACAACAACAUCUGGAGUCUGCCGACCGAUGUGUUUUGUCCAUUGUUUUCACUGCGACAGUUAAAUCUGACCAAAAACCGGCUCACUGACAUUUCCCAGCUUGGAUUCUCUGACUGGGGCAAUGGACCUACUGCUCCCGGCAAAGCCUGCAACACCGGUUUGGAAGUUCUUGAUCUUUCGUACAACGAUAUAUUGACGCUACCCGACAACGGCCUAUCAUCGUUGAGAUCACUCAACGUCUUGCUACUCCAGGACAAUCUUCUUAAUUCGUUGGCUGACCGCUCCUUCGUUGGCCUCGGCUCGCUCAAAGUCCUAAAUAUGUCCAGCAACAAAUUGGUAGCCCUUCCUCCGGAGUUGUUCCAAUCUCCUCGUGAACUACGGCAAAUUUAUCUACAGAACAAUUCUCUGUCAGUACUUGCCCCCGGUUUGCUGGAAGGCCUUGAUCGGCUUGAAAUACUGGACCUGUCACAUAAUGAAUUAACAUCGGAGUGGAUAAACAGGGAUACAUUUGCCGGUCUCAAGCGCCUUGUCGUGCUGGAUAUCAGCUUCAACAGCCUCACAAAAAUUGACAGGCAUGUAUUCCGUGAGCUUUACAGCCUCCAAGUACUUAACCUCGAAUCCAACUUGAUCGAAACCAUUGCCGACAAUGCCUUCAGCGAUCUGAAAAACCUCGUAGCACUCACCCUCUCACACAACAAGCUGAAACGAAUUGACCAGCACCAUUUCAGCGAGCUGUAUGUCCUGAACCAGCUCUACAUAGAGUCCAACGCCAUCGAAUCGAUGCAUCCCCGAGCCCUAGAAAAUCUCACCAAUCUGAAUGACCUCAACUUGAAUGACAACCAUUUGACGGACAUUCCGGAAGGGCUCGGAAAGUUACGCUUCCUAAAAUCUCUUGAUUUGGGUAAAAAUCGAAUCGUCACCGUUUAUAAUGCCUCCUUCGAAGGCUUGGAACAGUUGCUUGGCAUUCGAUUGGUGGAAAACAGGAUUACGAACAUAUCCCGGGAUGCAUUCGUUACCCUGUCAUCGCUGCACGUGCUCAACUUGGCGUCAAAUCAGAUUCGUCACAUCGAUCAAUCGGCUUUUAGCUCGAAUCCCACUAUUAGAGCGAUCCGAUUGGACAAUAACGAGUUGGAGGACAUCAGCGGAGUGUUUACGUCGUUACCGGCGCUUGUUUUCCUAAAUGUUUCGGAUAAUCAGAUUCGGAAUUUCGACUACAGCCAUCUGCCACCGUCGCUGGAGUGGUUGGAUAUGCACCAGAACAACAUUACGGAGCUGGGAAACUACUACGAUUUGAACAAUCUGCAGAUCAAGAUGUUGGACAUUUCAUUUAAUCGCCUGGUGUCAGUGGACAACAAGAACAUCCCGGAUAGCAUUGAGACCCUGUUUUUGAAUAACAAUGUUUUGGAGGAAGUGGCUGCGGGGACGUUCCUAAACAAGAAGAACUUGGAGAAGGUGGUGCUGUAUGGAAAUUACAUUAAAAAGCUGGAGAUUGGAGCGCUGGCUUUGACCCGUGUAGGGGACGACAGAGACAUGCCACAGUUCUACAUUGGAGAUAAUCCGAUUCAUUGUGACUGCACGAUGGAGUGGCUCCAGGGUAUUAACAAGCUGUCACACCUGAGGCAGCAUCCCAGAGUGAUGGAUUUGGACACGGUAAUGUGUACCAUGGAGCAUGAGCGAGGGGCCUCGAUCCGUCCGUUGAUGGAUCUGAACACACACGACUUCCUGUGCCAGUAUGAAACGCAUUGCUUUGCGACGUGCCAUUGUUGUGAUUUUGAUGCGUGUGAUUGUAAGAUGACAUGUCCGGACCGGUGUAGCUGCUACCACGACCACACGUGGAAGACGAACAUUGUCGACUGCGGAAAUGCCGACUAUACUGAGGUUCCCGAGCACAUUCCAAUGGACGCGACUACGAUCUACUUGGACGGAAACGAUCUGAAACAGCUGGGCAGCCAUCAAUUUAUCGGGAAGAAGAAGUUGGAAGUGCUUUAUUUGAACAAUAGUAACAUCGCAAACGUGCACAAUAGGACAUUUAACGGUAUUCCCAGUUUGAGAGUGUUGCACCUUGAAAACAACUACGUCGAAGAACUUCGCGGUUUUGAGUUUGAUCAGUUAACAAAUUUGAAUGAACUGUAUUUGGACCAUAAUGCAAUCGGUUACGUUGGUGAAAAGACAUUUGAAAAUCUGAAAUUUCUGGAAGUGAUCAAUCUGAGUGACAAUAAAAUAAGCGGAUUCUCUCCGUGGCAUGCUUUGGCCGCGGCAUCAGAGACGGGAUCGUUAAGAAAAGUCUCCCUGGAGGGCAAUCGUUGGAGAUGUGACUGUGAAUCGCUGCACAAAAUGCAAAGGUGGAUAAGAGACGUUAACGGUGACUUUGACAUUAAUCGAAUGAUUUGUGCGGACAAUCGAGUGGUUGGCGAUGUUAUUAGUUCCUGUGAAAAUCGGAUGGAGUUUGAUAACGAAGUGGCUCCACCGGCAGUGCAUCGAACGGUGCUGAGGGGUCACGGAUUGAUCGGAGGAGGGUACGUUCCUCUGCUGGCCGCGAUUGUUGUGGCAAUUAUUGGGACGGCUCUGAUAGUGGCGUUAGCUUGUGUCUUCCGACAAGAUGUGCGACUGUGGGCUCAUGCCAAGUACGGUGUAAGAUUAGUGAAGGAUCCAAUUAUAAUGGCUAGCAAUCAGCAGGACAGUGACAAACUAUAUGAUAGCUACGUAGUGUACAGUAUUCAUGAUAACGAGUUCGUUGGUAGGCUGUUGGGGGCAGAGCUCCAACAUUAUGGUUACUCUAUUUGCCUACACCAUCGCGAUGUCCAUUCGAAUACGUUCCUCUCGGAUUCACUGCAGAAUGCAGCGGAUGCUUCGAAGAAGGUUAUUUUGGUAGUGUCGAUGAACUUUCUGCAAAAUGAGUGGUCUCAGCCACAGUUUCGGGUGGCACUACAAUCGGUGAUUGAAAACAUUCGACCAGCGUAUCGAAGACACAAGAUAGUGGUGGUGCUGACUGCGCCAGUAGAAUUGGUGGCCAUGGAUCCCAUCAUGAAUCUGCUGAUACGAACGUGCACCGUUGCUUGCUGGGGAGAGCGUAAGUUCUGGGACAAACUCCGGUACGCCUUACCGGAUGUCAACAAGGACCGAACGCUGAAGAAGCUGGGUGACAUCACUCGGAGUCCCAACCUCCGGUACACGCCGGCUCCUACCGCUGUGGAUCAGUGGUGCAAGAUCAGCCAUCCGGGAGUGGCCAUGCCGGUGGCCGUACCUCAGAGCACACCCUCACAGAGUACCUGCAACACGGAGGAUGAGUCCUCCUCGGCUUCGUCGCAGCAUUACGAGGCUCCCCAGUCCCACUACAACAUGAGCCGCUCCAGUGCCUCGCUUGGUCACGUGUACUCCACGAUACCGGAGACGCCCCAGAUGGGACGCAACGGAAGAGCUUAUUUCGUGUAAGAUAUACCUGUGAACCAUUUACGUUAGACUAAAAUUCUACUUUGUUUCGCGAUUGUACACAAUUGCGUUAGCUUAACUCUCAGUUGUUCUGUGUGAAAUGUGUAUAUUUGUACAGUAAACAAACCAACAAAACUCAUAGUCAUGUUAUGGAUCGAGUCAAUUCAGUUCGUUUUCAUAGAAUGUUACAGGAACGUUACACUAAUUACACAAAUGUGGCAAGGAUUUUACGCUUGCUAAAACACUUCUUAUUUGCCAAAUAUAAUUAACGGUGUAUUAUGAUUCGCUCAAAGAUACUCUAUAUAGGAAUGAAUACAAAAUCGAAGAACGUCAUACACUAGACUCUAUUUUAAUCCCCAUUUUCGGAACGAAUGUACUUCAGAAGCGAAAAAUGCCCAAGAAGAGAACAAUUAUGACUUAAUAAACGUGAUACUAGUUUUUAUAAAUUACUAUUAUUAACUGAACGAAAUAAAUUGACUAUUAAUCUUAAGUGUAUUCAAUGCCAGAUAAUAAAGCUACUGAAGUAAAUUUCGUAUAUUGGAACAAAAAUUGGCCUCCACAGUCGAACAACACCUAUUUGAUAAUAAUUUCGGCAUGUGAACCAGAGUCUCCAUAAAACGCAUCACCAUAAAAGAGAUAAUAUACGAAAGAGCUAUUAGUUACCGCCAGCCAUUAGGUGUAUAUUGGAAAAAGGCUACAAAACAACUACAAACUGCAAGCCCUAAAAAGCUCCAUACAAAAAAUUGUAUAUUUGAUUAUAGGAUAAUAAUUUAUUUCGAACGGAAGAAAAAGAACGAAAUACAACUCUCA